UUUUUCUGCGCAUGCGCAGAAAGGCCGCCGAGCCAAAAUGACAGCUCUCUCCUCUCGUCUCUGUGUGGAAGUCGACACUUCAAAAUGGGAAGGAGUACAACAUUAUUCAGAUAUUUGCAUGGAAUGUAAUGACUAUAUAUACAUAUAGUUUAUGAAAUAUUAAUGUUUUUUGUUGUUGUAGUAUCCGGUUCAUGUAAUUUGAGUUGACAGGCUCUGUUUAUAGGUAGCUUGUUUUGGUUUUUGGUUGUCUAUAAGCUAUCAGAAAGCUACACUGUUAGCUUUUAGGAGAAGGCCAGACUUGUCUUUUAUUUUCUGUCAUAAUUCACAUGAACUAGUUAGCUACCCCCCUUUUUAAACAGGGGAAUAAAUUAGCUAUUUUACAUACCGUCGUGUUUGCUGCUGUUUUUUUUUUUGUUUAUUUUCAAACUCUUUGAUUCUCUCUUUAAGUUGAUCGCAUUUUGUUUGGGUUUUUUGGACAGUAAAGGACGCAUGUAACGUUUUUUUGUUUUAUUGUUUACUAAGUUCUUUAGUUUCCUACCUUUUUGGCUCUCGGACACUUUGUUGAUCUUUAAUUUUAUGUAUUUUGAAGUAUAUCUGGUCAAAUUGCUUUUUUUUCUUCCACCAUGUUUCUGAUAUGCGGUGUGUUGCUUUGGGCCAGUUUCUACGGUACAAACCUCUAAACCAACAAACAAAGUCAUUAUUUCAGUCCAUUUGACUCACAAUCAGCAUGUUUUUUUGUUUUGUUCUUCCCCUUUCCGACGUGUUUAGAUAUUAACAUUUAGUUACAUUUAAAAAAAAAACUCAGCCACUUCCAUUUGAACUUGCUCUUGUCAUUUUGGACAGCUUUGUUGUAAAUUUGAGUUUCCUCUACAUGUGAUCUCAGUUUAGUUUCGGUCCCCCUUUUUCCCCGUUUCCACCAUGUCUUGUGUCCAUUAUAAAUUCUCCUCGAAACUCAACUACGACACGGUGACUUUCGACGGCCUGAACAUCACUCUGGCCGACCUGAAAAGACAGAUUAUGGGUCGAGAGAGACUCAAAGCUGUCGACUGCGGCCUACAAAUCACCAACGCACAAACUAAAGAAGAAUACAAAGACGACGAGGCCCUGAUAUCUAAGAACUCCUCUGUCAUCAUCAGAAGAAUACCCAUCGGAGGAGUCAAGGCUUCAAGCAAGAUGUAUAACAUUGAGCGUUUUUCAGAACCGAAUCACUUCCCCGUUCAGAACCUCCCCGUCGGAUCCUCCAAAGGAGAUCGUUCUUCAGAACACAGUCACUUUUCCAUCGGAUCCUCUAAAGGAAUUGAUGAUCAUGCUUCAUCUAUAUCACUGGCCCAACUUUCAAAGACGGCGAACCUGGCAGAGGCCAACGCAUCGGAGGACGACAAAAUCAGAGCCAUGAUGUCACAGUCCAAUCACGACUACGACCCCAUACAUUAUGUGAAGAAGUUGACGGGUCCCCCUCCAGCCAACUACACCUGUUAUCGCUGUGGCAAGAACGGACAUCACAUCAGGAACUGUCCUACUUACGGGAAGGAGAAAGGGUUUGAGCCGCCCCAGAGGAUCAAGAAGAGUACCGGCAUUCCCCGUUCCUUCAUGACGGAAGUGGACGACCCGUCUAUAAAGGGAGCCCUGUUGACCAACACCGGCCACUACGCCAUCCCUACGAUAGACGCUGAGGCCUAUGCUUUAGGUAAGAAGGAGAGGCCUCCGUUCGUCCCCAGGGACAAGUCCAGUUCCGAGGAGGACGAGGAUCCAGUCCCUGAUGAGCUCCUCUGUCUGCUCUGUAAAGACCUGAUGACUGACGCUGUGGUCAUUCCCUGCUGUGGCAACUCCUACUGCGACGACUGUAUCCGUACGUCUCUGCUGGAGUCAGAGGAACAUGUGUGUCCCACCUGUAGCCAAUCGAAUGUCUCCCCUGACGCGCUCAUAGCCAAUAAGUUCCUGCGCCAGGCGGUUAAUAACUUUAAGAAUGAGACCGGUUACGCCAAACGCAUGAUGACGAGAGUCGCCCAGCCCCCCGUCGUCCCCACCCCUCCUCUUCAGCCUCAGUCCCGCCCUCAGUGCCCGCUCCAGCCUAUCGGGAGCCAGCAGGACCCACUUAUGCCCCGCCCUCCAGCCUUAGACACGCCACCAUUGGCUCAGCAGCAGGUUGGCCCGCCCCUCAGAGUCGGGAACCAUAAUAACUCCUCCCACAUGGCUGCUGGCUCCUCCUAUAACUCAACGGGUCCCUCCCCCCAGCACCCAACCAAUCACAACAACACGCUUAUGCCAAGAGAGCCAGAGAGUGGAGGAGUUCAGUCUGUGGGGGUCUCAGCCGACCCCCCUCUAGCCACUGCCCCCAUGACCAAGGAAUACCAUGUUCCAGUGAUGAGCCAACCCCAGUCUGACGGUCACUCCCUGCAGAGGACAGGUCCUCCUCCCAGACUUUCUGAAGGACCAGCCCAUUGGGACAGGUACAGCCCCUCCGGUCGUGGCAGGAACCAUAGCGACCGCGCCCCUCCCUCCCAGCCUCCGCCCACCAACGUGCCACCCCUUCUCUACAACCCUCCCUCCAUUUUCUCCUCCCCUCUACCCCAUCCCCCAGGUGUCAUACCCCCCCACUACCCACCUCCCCACUUCCCCCCAGGGCAGCCCCCUCCAGCUACUCCCUGCCCCCUCCUGGCUACCCCCUACCCCAGGAGUCACCAACCCCCCUGGGCGCCCCCGAACACCCAGCCCCCCCUCACCGGGAAGCCAAUCCCCUCCUCUUCCUUCCUGUCCAAGGAUGAGUUCUACAGACAACAGAAGAGGCUGAAGGAUAACUCCGACUGUCGCUACGGUAACCGGGAAAAGUCCAAGCUGGAUGAGUUCACCAACGACUUUGCCAAGGAGCUGCUGGAAAGUAAGGAAAUACAGAAGGAGAGACGACGCUCUUAUUCCAGGUCUAGGUCGUCCUACAGUAGCUCAUCCUACUCCAAAUCCCGUUCCCGUUCUCGUUCGUACUCCCGUUCCUCCAGUCGAUCCAGAUCUCGUUCCAGAUCCCGUUCCAGAUCCCGUUCCAGGUCUUACUCCCGCUCUUCUCCGUACUCCCGCCGCCACGGACGACCUCGCGGCUACCGCUCCCGUUCCCGUGGCUACCGCCGAUCACGCUCGCCGCCGCCUUUCAGGGACGGUGGAGGGGCGGGACGGGACGGUGUUACCGGUCGCGCUCUAGAUCACCUGGCCAAGGAAGUACCGGGCCGGACCCGGGAGAGGGAUCGGGAGCCGGCGGUGUACGACCGGGGUCCAGAGCACAAAGACCCGUACGAGAGGGAGAGGUACCGGGAGUGGGAGAAGGAGUACAGGGAAUGGUAUGAGAAAUACUUCAAAAACUACAACUCCCACAACCCUCCUCCCAAUAACCCCCUCCCUACAGGGGCCGACCCCCUUGGUUUCGCCCCCGCCCCUGUGGCAACCCCAGCCGGACGAGACAGAGACCCCUACAAUCGAGGGAGGAGGCGAGGUGAGGGCUAUCCUCCUCCCCCCUCACACCCCUCCCCCAGGGGCAGGAACCAGCCAAUGACUUAUCAGGAGAAGUGUGCUGAGCAGUUUGGAACUCUGCCGCUGUCCCGGUCAGCCAAUCAGGAUCAUCAGACGCCACUGAAGCGCCGCCUCCCCGCGGUCACUGUGACCUCCGACCUGAAAGAGCAGAAGCACAGGAAGAGGAAGAAGAGGAGAACUGAGCAGGGGAGAAGGGGAGGGGAGUCCUUCAGUGCUUCUGACUCUACGGACGACGCUCGGAAAGAGGAGAAGAAGAAGAAGAGAACCGGGAGUACUCCCGUUGGUUCGUCAAGCCAUGACGACUCCACCCCAGUACGGGACGAGCCAAUCGACAGCGACGCCAGACUCGUCCCGGACAAAGCUGAUAGGUGGACCAGGGACAGUAAGGAGGAGGAAGUGAGGAGAAACAGUGACAGAGUUUAUAAACGCGGACCGGACUCCAGCGUAGCGAGGAAAGACUCAUCGUCCUGGAAGACCGUUAGAGAGACAGACAGGGACCAGACCGGUACAGACAGGGACCAGACCGGUACAUACCGGGACCAGAUCGGUACAGACUGGGACCAGACCGGUACAGCCGGUUUAGCCUACCGGAAGACGUCUCUAACAGAACAGUCAGCCAAACGGGUCAAAGAUGAAUCUAUUCCCUUCCAACCAGACUCUUGCACCUCCCUCCAGAGAGAGAUGGAACUCCAACACCCUGCACCCCUAGCGUCAGCUCCCAAACGACCUCCUCCUAAACCCCACGCAGACCAGCUUGACACUGUUAGAAUCAACCCAGACCUGUUCAAACCGGUUAGAACCGACCCAAACCAGUUUAAACCUGUCAGAACCGACUCAGACCAGUUCAACACAGUUAGAACCGACCCAGACCAGUUUAAACCAGUUAGAACCAGCCCGGAUCAGUUUAAACCGUUCAGAACCGACCUGGACCAUUCCAGACCAGCCAAUGAGGAGCAGAGAGGGAAGAGAGCUCCAGGGUUUCGGCAGGACAGGGGCUCAGGGAGAGAGGACAAGCCCAGGAGAGAGGCUGACAUCAGGGUGGGUAGAGAACAGGAGAGAGAACCUGGCAAAGCUCCAGACACCAAGUCUGAGAAGAGGAGGAGGAGGAAGGAGGAGGAGGAGGAGGAGAAGAAGAGGAAGACGAGAAAGGAGGGGAGGAGUAUGUCUGAUAAGGAGAUGGAGGUGCCCCGAAUCAAAUCUCCCGGAGUGGAGCUCGCCGAGACCGUAAAACCCUGCAACCUCAAACGUGACGUAGAGGAGGAGAGGGCUUCCGUAAGGCCUCUGAUGGAGAGUGGGAUGAAAGCUCCAGACACCAAGUCUGAGAAGAGGAGGAGGGAGGAGGAGGAGGAGGAGAGGGCUUCCGUAAGGCCUCUGAUGGAGAGUGGGAUGAAAGGAGGAGAACCUCAGAGGAAGAUUAAGACCAACAGAGAAGAAGGGAGGAGGGCCGGCAAGCUUGCGGGCGUGGCCGGAACAGAGGCAGCCAAUCAGACGAGCUAUAUAAAGGGAAGCGUGGAGAGGAGCAAAGCCAAGAGGAACCGUAAGGUCCUAGCGUCCGACGGACCGGAAACCACCGUGGACUGCACCAGUCCUCCAGGGGGCAGUAGU